GCCUGUGCCGAUUCCAGCUGCGACUGCUGUGGGGGGAAAAUGACGCCCAGGUUGGGCUCCUGGGUUGCCGGCCGAGGGGAGGCCUGCACUGCACACGCGCAGACUGAGUAUCCGCGUCUAAGGCCGAAGGGAGCGCGCGCUCCCCACAUCCUGCGCGCCUGGCUGCCAGGCAUUCGUCUCUGCCGCGACUCCCGCCGGGCCCGGCAGCGCUGGCGCGCCCACAUCUGAAGAGCGAUGCCCCGGGAGAUCAUCACCCUGCAGCUGGGCCAGUGCGGCAACCAGAUUGGGUUCGAGUUCUGGAAACAGCUGUGCGCCGAGCAUGGUAUCAGCCCCGAGGGCAUCGUGGAGGAGUUCGCCACCGAGGGCACUGACCGCAAGGACGUCUUUUUCUAUCAGGCAGACGAUGAGCACUACAUCCCUAGGGCUGUGCUGCUGGACCUGGAGCCCCGGGUGAUUCACUCCAUCCUCAAUUCCCCCUAUGCCAAGCUCUACAACCCAGAGAACAUCUACCUGUCAGAGCAUGGAGGAGGAGCUGGCAACAACUGGGCCAGUGGAUUCUCCCAGGGUGAGAAAAUCCAUGAAGACAUCUUUGACAUCAUAGAUCGAGAAGCAGAUGGAAGUGACAGCUUAGAGGGCUUCGUGCUGUGUCAUUCCAUUGCUGGGGGGACCGGUUCUGGCCUGGGCUCCUACCUCCUGGAGCGACUGAAUGACAGGUACCCCAAGAAGCUGGUGCAGACUUACUCAGUGUUUCCCAACCAGGACGAGAUGAGCGAUGUGGUGGUCCAGCCCUACAACUCACUGCUCACACUCAAGAGGCUGACCCAGAACGCAGACUGUGUGGUGGUGCUGGACAACACAGCCCUGAACCGGAUCGCUACAGACCGCCUGCACAUCCAGAACCCAUCCUUCUCCCAGAUCAACCAACUGGUGAGCCCCCACUCCUGGACUCAUUUGGACUGGAACCCCUCCUUUCUCCUGGUCUUCUUUGGCCACUCCAUUCCACUAGCCACUUUCACCAUUCUCCCCCAAUUCCAUUCCAACCCCCUCUCUUGCACUGGCUCCGAUCAUGGAGAUUUCUUUCUCUUUCAGCUCUUUGAAAGUUCCUGCCAGCAGUAUGACAAACUGCGGAAGCGGGAGGCCUUCUUGGAGCAGUUCCGCAAGGAGGACAUCUUCAAGGAGAACUUUGAUGAGCUGGACAGGUCCAGAGAGGUUGUGCAAGAGCUCAUUGAUGAAUACCACGCAGCCACGCGGCCAGACUACAUCUCCUGGGGCACCCAGGAGCAGUGACUUCCUCCCCAUGAAACCUCCAGGACAGUAAGCACAGCCCCCAUCAUGCCUGGUCUCUCCAGCCCCAAUUCCUCUCACCAACGAUCUAUCAAGGUUCUUCUCCAGCUCAAGAGAGCUCCUCUCUUCCAUGCCCUGACCUAUGAUAUGCUUAUUUAGCUCUAGUAAAGUAAUAAAGCUUGGUUGUGAAUAUC